ACCGGCGAAAUCAGAUCGGAGGUGCGCGAGCAGAUCGACGGCAAGGUUGCGGAAUGGCGGGAGGAAGGGAAAGCGGAAAUCAUUCCGGGGGUGCUAUUUAUAGACGAGGUUCACAUGCUUGACAUCGAGUGCUUCUCUUACCUGAACCGGGCGCUGGAGAACGAAAUGGCGCCAAUCUUGGUAGUGGCGACGAAUCGCGGCAUUACCCGAAUUCGAGGGACAAACUAUAAGUCGCCGCACGGGAUUCCCAUCGACCUCCUCGACAGGCUGCUGAUCAUAUCGACGGUGCCGUACACGGAAGACGAGAUUCGGAAAAUUUUGGACAUCCGGUGCGAGGAGGAAGACGUAGAGAUGACAGAUGACGCUAAGGAAUUGUUGACGAAGAUCGGCUAUGAGACGACGCUCCGGUACGCCAUUCACCUCAUCACCGCGGCGGCACUUGCUUGUCAGAAGAGAAAGGGCACAGAUGUCGACGUGCAGGAUAUCAGCCGUGUGUACUCCCUUUUCGUAGACGUGAAACGGUCAACGCAGUUUUUGACGGAGUACCAAGAGCAGUUCAUGUUUAAUGAGGUAGGCCCGCCAGAGGAUGAAGACGGAGCAAUGAACGAAUGAGCACGGCGAAUGCGGAUCGUGGCAGCGGAUAUGGUUCAUAUUGCUAUAAUGAGGUGAAUGCACGGGGUGGAGACAAAGCGGGAAUGAUGAAUGAGCACGGCGAACGCGGAUCGCGGCAGCGACUANAUGGUUCAUAUUGCUAUAAUGAGGUGAAUGCACGGGGUGGAGACAAAGCGGGAAUGAUGAAUGAGCACGGCGAACGCGGAUCGCGGCAGCGACUAGGUGCAUCGGGUGUACUGGGAAUGGUUCAUAUUGCUAUAAUGAGGUGCUUGCACGGGGUGGAGGCAAAGCGGGAAUGAUGAAUGAGCACGGCGAAUGCGGAUCGCCGCAGCGACUAGGUGCAUCAGGUGUACUGGGAAUGGUUCAUAUUGGUAUAAUGAGGUGCUUGCACGCGGUGGAGACGAAGCAGGAACGAUGAAUGAGCACGGCGAAUGUGGAUGGCGACAGAGACUAGGUGCAUCGGGUGUACCGGGAAUGGUUCAUAUUGCUAUAACGAGGUGAAUGCACGGGGUGGAGACAGCGGGAAUGAUGAAUGAGCACGGCGAACGCGGAUCGCGGCAGCGACUAGGUGCAUCGGGUGUACUGGAAAUGGUUCAUAUUGCUAUAACGAGGUGCUUGCACGGGGUGGAGACAAAGCAGGAACGAUGAAUGAGCACGGCGAAUGUGGAUGGCGACAGAGACUAGGUGCAUCGGGUGUACCGGGAAUGGUUCAUAUUGCUAUAAUGAGGUGAAUGCACGGGGUGGAGACAAAGCGGGAAUGAUGAAUGAGCACGGCGAACGCAGAUCGCGGCAGCGACUAGGUGCAUCGGGUGUACUGGGAAUGGUUCAUAUUGCUAUAAUGAGGUGGUUGCACGGGGUGGAGAUGAAGCAGGAACGAUGAAUGAGCAGUGGAAGGGGGAAAUGUACAACGCCUUCGUGCUGACGACUGCUGUUGCAGGCAGGUAGAUGGGCCAGGGACCGUGGAUAUAACCGACGAGGUGCACAUUGCAUGGCGAGAGAAAUGGGAAACAGUGGAUGCGUGAGUAAGGGGCAGUGCUGCUGGCGAAGCGGGAUGGGAUGUGGUGUGUCUUCCCCCUUCCCUUUUUCCAUUCGUCAAACUGAUCGGUUUUGGAGUGGCUGAUCCAGUGUUAUUCUCGAAGGGUUCCCAUGUAGAACAUUCACUGGAAGGUUCACUGUUUUGGCUCGGCAAGCAUAACCAGCAGU